GGCUUUCUACCCAGCACUGAAUAAAGAGGGUUUUGCUGGCACCAAACCCCUUCUCCACACCCCUCACCCUUCCCCAAACCCCAUCCCAAUGUUUCCUGCUGCCUUCCAAGCCCAUCUAUGGGCUGAGCUCUUACCUUGUUGAUGGCCAACCCUUCCCGGGAGUCUGCUGGGGUGAUCUCAUGUAGGAUUGCAGCCCCCACCACAGCCCCCAGCAGCUGGGCCACCACGUAGAAGACUGCACGGAGGAAGGAGACCUGGGAGCCGAUGAGACAAGCCACAGUCACCGCUGGGUUGAUGUGGGCUCCACUGAUGUGCCCCAAGGCUUGGACCAGCGUCCCGAUGGCCAAGCCGAAAGCCAGUGCGAUCUGUAGGAUGCUCGGGGAGGAAGCUGAGGGCCAGUUCAGAGCAGAGCCCAGGCCGAAGAGGAUGAAGACCAACGUUGCCAGGAACUCUGCAAAGACAGCCCGGGUGAAGGCUAUGGAUCGCAAUUCCCACAUCAUGGAGCUGGAGGCUGCGAGGACUGACCCUGCCUGUGGGAUCUUCAGGUCUCGGUGAAUAACAAACCCCCCAGCUCCGAGGGGCAGGGGGAGAAGAAGGAAAAUGCCUCAGCUCCACCAGCACCUCCGAGCUAUGAAGAGGCGACAGCAGGAGAAGGGAUGAAGUCGGGUGCUUACCCUCCUCCUCCAUCAGUCCCAUUGCACCCCAGCUGGGCUUACGUGGACCCCAGCACGAGCCCGAGCUAUGGCAGCAGUGGGUACCCAGGGGACACGGAGAUGCUCACCACCUUCAGCUGGGAUGACAGGAGCGUGCGCAGGGUCUUCAUCAGGAAGGUUUAUGCCAUCCUGAUGGUCCAGCUCUUGGUCACUGUUGUUUUCGUGGCUUUCUUCACCUUCUGCGAGCCUGUCAAGGGGUACAUCCAGACCCACUCUGCCUGGUACUGGGCUUCCUACGCUGUUUUCUUUGUGACCUACUUGAUCCUCGCUUGCUGCUCCGGGCCCAGGAGGUAUUUCCCAUGGAACCUCAUCCUGUUGAGCAUCUUUACACUCUCCAUGGCCUAUCUCACUGGGAUGCUCUCCAGUUACUACAACACCAAGUCAGUCCUCCUGUGCCUGGGGAUCACAGCCCUGGUGUGUCUGUCUGUUGUGAUCUUCAGCUUCCAGACCAAGUUUGACUUCACCUCCUACCAGGGGGUGCUUUUUGUGAUGCUCAUGGUCCUCUUCUUCGGUGGCAUUAUCCUGGCUGUGAUACUCCCCUACCAAUAUGUCCCUUGGCUCCAUGCGAUCUACGCUCUGCUGGGUGCCAUUAUCUUCACUAUGUUCCUGGUGUUCGAUACCCAGAUGCUGAUGGGGAACCGCCGGUACUCGCUCAGCCCCGAGGAAUACAUCUUCGGAGCCCUCAACAUCUACCUGGACAUCAUCUACAUCUUCUCCUUCUUCCUCCAGUUCUUUGGCUCCAGCCAGGAGUGAGCACAGCUCUGCUGCUGAGAUGGGAGCGUUUGAAAGAGGUUCCAAGCAGAGGGUUAAAUACAACCAAACAAAACCAAAUCCACCCUUUCUGGCCCCAGCUCCAUCCAUGCCGCUGAGCGAUGCCCCUGCAGCUUGUACAUAUGCUGUUAGGUCUUUGUGAGCCAGAAAGCAAAGCAGGGCUUAAGUGUUCUGUGUCUUCUGCUCCCUUCAUCCUCCUGAGCUCAAACCAGACCAGAGGCAUGAGACCAUGAUCUUCUUCUCCAUAGAGGCUGUCGGGGUCACCUGUCUGAGCCCUGCACCUCUUGGGCUGCAGAGCAGCUCUGUAAGGGAAUAGAACAUUAAGGAGUAGGGAAUUUUGCUAGGAAAAGCAGCUGAAUGAAGGGGAAAGGCUCAGGGAAUCCUUUCUCUAUUGCAUCUAUUGGGAGGGAGGGAUUCCUGAUAGUGCCUGCUUUUAGGAAUGCAGAGCAUGGGAUCACCUAUGGAUGCCCCAGCAAGCAGUCCUCCAGGCACAAGGGAACCUGCUGUUCAGGAUGUGCGGUCUCUUUGGGGACAUUCCUCAUUCCCCAAAGAAGGAAUUCUUGUGUGUCCUUUGCUGUGGGGCUGGGAAUGUUUUUCCCUUCCUUCCCAGGGUGGGAUAACAGGAUGUCAACUGAUGUGGAUUUGCCUCCUACCCAAGGGAACAGGGAUGUCAGUUCUCCCUGAGGAGCCUGGGAGAGAUGGGAUCCCAUGGGAGGAUUAUUGAUGGAGAUGGGAGAAGCUGAUGUUCAGAGCCUGCAAAUCCUAACACGGGGCAUGAGAGGCCACAUCCUGACACCCACCAUAAGGAUCUGAUCCUUCCCAAACCACCUUGGUUGUGUGAGAUCAAGGCCUUUAAAUGGUUACAACCCCCAGAUCGAGGUGAAUUCCUGCUGCCCCAAACCAAACCCUCACCAAUGCCUCUUCCUCCUGCUCUGGCCCUUUCCCAGCUCUCCUAUCCCAGACGGGGAUGUCAGCGAGGGCACUGGUGGUAACUUUCCACCUUGCCCUUGCUCACAUUCCCCUCUUUGGGGGCUCAGCUGGCUAAUGUCUAACCCUGCAGAUAAGAAGCCUUUUGCUCUCAUUCGAGACGCGAUCCCUGCUGCUGAUAGGAGCCCUAUCUCCCAUCGCCCCGGGAAUGGUGAAUGCGUCACGGAGCUGCCUCCAGCGCUCUGGGGACGGGCUGAGCCCCAAUGCUCCAUCCCGCACGUUCCUCUGCUCCGGCUUUCCCCCUUCACAUGUUGGAUCCUGUGGCCACACGUGCUCCGGGUGCAGGAAAGUUACUGCACAGAGGGAACUGCUUCACUGCUAUGGCCGUGCUCAUAGAGGGGCACAGGAGACACCUUCCCCUAUAGCUUCCUCCCCAGAGCAGCAAGGAGCCUAAAUCCUAAGUGGUUUUAGGGAGAAAGGAGCCUCUUUUGCAUUGCA